AGAACACGCACACACACAGACCACGGACCACAGUGGACCAGCAGAGGAACAGAACAGCAGCUCUUCUCUGCACCAGCUUCACAAAACUAUUUACAGGACAAGAUGAAGCUGUUGGCGUGCGCCGGGUUCGUCCUCUGCCUCAUCGUGUGUCACUUCUCAGAGGCCAGAGUCAUCCCAGAAGGAGUGCCAUACGACGAACCAGCAGCUAUGCCCUACUGGCCUUACUCCACCUCUGACUUCUGGAACUACAUCGAAUACUUCAGAUCCAUCGGCGCCUACAACCAGAUAAACCAGAUGGCACGCACUUUCUUUGCCCACCAGCCCAUCGGAAACACGCUGGGAUAUGAGAGCAACCAGGGACACGAACACUGAAGAGGGUGCAGAGAAAUCAGAAGAGGCUGAAAGUGAAGAAAAGGAUCUUUUACAUUCCAAUAAUAAAAUAAUGCAUGUAUUUCUUAGUUAGCAGGAAAAUAAACUAAAUAAAUAAAAUUUCAGGCAUUUAAAUAAGAUUAAAGUGUUUUUUUUUCUAACACUGUUUCAUGUUGUAGCAUACAGAAUCCAGAGGUAGUAGGAAGGAGGAAAGUAGAAGAAUAAGAAUUAUACUGUAUGACAUAUUCAUGUACUGUAAUAUGAAACAAAUAAAUGUUUCAAAUAUGUAACGAUUUCUAUUAAACUGUAUAACCGUC